CGCAGUGGCAACUGGGACGGUGGCGGAAUGUAUUAAUGUCUGCCUACUCUUAGGAAAGGUGCGUGUCCCCUGUGUCCGCUUCGGUCGCCCGGUUAGGAAUGCGUUUAUCGGAGAUAAAGCUAGCUUGAACAUCAAGGAAGAAACACCAGAACCUGGAUUGGUGACUUGACUUAUCAUUUUGUUUCAUUUUGCGGUAUUAGAAUCUACACGUUCGAGUUUGGAUCAUUUUUGUCGAUGUAUGCUAGCUAGCUAGCUAGCCAAGAUAGCUAAAUUGGUAGCCCAGACUAUUAGCUAGCUAGCUAGCUAGCUAACCUGUUAGCUGAUUUAGUCGCAACAGUCAGAGUAAAUCGACUACUAGUUAGGUAACGGUAACUAUUUUACGGUAACUGGUGGGAAUUGGGGUGACACGCGGGGGUUGGGAGAGAACGACGGAGGCGGCGUGAGCCAGGAGCGGCCGAUGAGUUCAGACCAGGGCGGAGUGCCGCAGCUGCAGGAGGAGGCUGAGCCGGUAUCCAAAAUCCGUGGAGAGGACGAGACGGUACUUGGGACUGGUGGAGAUUCGGGCGGCAUGGUGACCUCUAAGGGUGCCGGUCUGAACCCGAAUGCCAAGGUGUGGCAGGAGAUGCCUACUGUCCCCAUCGAGGCCCCUGCAGAUGGUACAGAGGGCUCCCCCUGGUCCCAGACAAACAUCCCAGAGGGGUAUCCUGACGCCUCCGGAUGUAAAGCGUACACAACAGGGUUUCCAAGCCUGGAGGACGGCAGCUCUUUGGGGGCUGCCGAGGGUACUGCGAAUGGUAUGGAUCCCCCUGACUUAGAGUUCCCCCUCUGUGAGCCGCCAACAGGAAUUGAAGUUGAUUCUAACCUGACAAUGGAGCAGCCUAUUUCUGCUGAGAGUUUACGGGAGUCUCUCAAGAAGGAGCUGGAGUUCUGCUUCUCCAGGGAAAAUCUAUCCAAGGACCUGUACCUCAUGUCACAGAUGGACAGUGACCAGUUUGUCCCCAUCUGGACCAUCGCCAGCAUGGAGGGCAUAAAGGUCCUGACCACCGACAUGGACCUUAUUCUGGAUGUGCUUCGAUCAUCUCCUAUGGUACAAGUGGAUGAGAAAGGGGAGAAAGUUCGGCCCAAUCACAAGCGCUGCAUCAUCAUCCUGAGGGAGGUCCCGGAGUCUACGCCUGUGGAGGAAGUGGAGGCCCUCUUUAAGAACGACAACUGUCCGAAAGUUAUCAGCGUGGAGUUUGCGCACAACAAUAACUGGUACAUUACAUUCCAAUCGGACACAGAUGCUCAACAGGCGUACAGAUAUUUAAGGGAAGAAGUGAAAACAUUUCAGGGAAAACCAAUCAUGGCCAGAAUAAAAGCUAUCAACACGUUCUUUGCGAAGAAUGGCUACCGCAGCCUGGACUGCAGUGUGUACUCACAGCAGACCCAGACCCAGUCCCAGUACAGCUCGCCCCUCUUCAUGCAACACGUCUACAGUCCCCAGCAACAGUACCUGCCCUACAGUAUCAUGCCUCCUACCUGGACACCUUCGCCCACGCCGUACUUCGAGACCCCUCUGGCCCCGUUUCCCAACAGUAGCUUUGUGAAUGGUUUUAGCUCACCUGCACACUAUAAGACUGGCUCCAACUCGCUCAACCUCGGCCGUCCCUUCAGUCGGAACCGUGUCCCUCUCUAUUCCAGAAAGAAUGUAAUAAAUGCCUUCAGGAACCAUGUGAAGCCUCAGUCAAGGGCCAGUGACGGAGCCCCCGCCCCUGUGGCUCCCGUCCCGCUGGUGGAUGGACUUACGGGCCUGCGCAGCCCCCCCCCCAGCAGUGGCCCCGCACUGGGCACAGCUGAGCUCAGUCCCUCCUUCACCCACCUGACCGCGUCCGAGCCCUCCGACGACAACAGCAUGGCCAACCGUGGAAGGCGGAGUACAUACAGAGGGAACCGCAGGAGGAGAGAGGACGAGCGCACCACGCGGCCGAUUUCUCUCCCAGAGGUCAAGGUCCCUCAGCCUAAGUUUGACCUGGCUGCCUCCAACUUCCCCCCUCUGCCAGGCUGCGUGGUGAGCACGCAGGGCGAGCCCGUGCUAGAGAACCGCAUGUCUGACGUGGUGCGGGGCAUCAACAGGGACAAGCAACCACAGCAGCAGCAACAGCAGCAGCAGCAGCAAUCAGAUGCCAGCAAAGACGGAGCCGCAAGUCAUCCCACAGCCCCAGAGGACAGCGUCAGCACCAUCAGGCCCGUCCAGCCUGCAAGCAAAACCACUUCUCACACCUUGGAGUCUACCACAGCCAGCAGCACGAGCCACCAGGAGAAGAAACAGGAGAGGCCUGAGCUCCCUGUUCAGAAAGAGACACCGGCACCCACCGCCUCCGCUGCUGCCGUCGUCGCUGCCUCCGCCCCCGCUCCCUCACACACGCAGGCAGCAGCUGGUUCCAAGCCUCAGCCGAGCACAGCCCCCACCCCAGGAACCCCCCAGGCCAGCCCAGCCCCCUCCAGCACCACCACCACCAACUCCACCCCCGCCAUGGAGCCCCGCAAGUUGAGCUAUGCGGAGGUGUGCCAGCGCCCCAAGGACCCCCCACCCACACCGGCCCCCUCCGCCGCUGCUGCCGCCCCCACCACUCCUCCGGCCUCCCAGCCUCUGCGUGAGCUGCGCGUCAACAAGGCCGAGGAGCCAGCCGGCGGGCCCCACAGCCCCUCGGACAAGCCCGAGCGGCCCCUGGAGCGAGGAGCCGAGUGCAAGGGCCGCGAGGGGCGCCCUCCCCGUGACGGCCAGGGCUAUUACCGCAACAACGGUCCCCCCAGGGCCGGCACAGGUGGCCUCAAGCUCCGGGAGCAGCAGCGGCGCCCCCCCUUUGGCCGACGCAACUCCCCACAAGGAGGGCCCAGACACACGGGCAAAGAGCAGAACAUCCCUCCCAUAUCGCCAAAGUAAAGACUUGCAGAGAAAACAAAAAAUGAAUUCAGUACAAAUGUAUGAAUAUAUA